AUGGCUAAAGUAAACAUCGAACAGCCACGAGAUAGCAAUCAGCCAAUACCACAAAUGUUUCUAUGGAUGCCAUCACCAGGAUUAGCUGAUCUUUCGCCGGGCUUGCCUUUGGGUCUACAGUAUCUCGCUCAACUCGAUACAUUAAUGGCUAUACAAGAACCGAGUGUCAUGCAGACUAUUACGGGUCUCUCUAGUGCUCAACGCUUUCAUAUACUUAAUCAACAAGGUCAACUUGUGUUUUACGCAGUAGAAAAUGAAAGUGAUACAUGUCAUCGAUGGUGUUGUGGUGCUAAUCGAGCUUUUGUUAUUCAUGUUUUUGAUCAAAUGAAUCAAGAAAUUAUUCGUAUCUCACGUGAAUUUAAAUGUUGUGUUGGAUGUUGCUGGUGUGCUAGUGGUAGUUGUUGUGCACAUGAGGCAUUCAUUGAAUCACCACCUGGAGUUCAUAUUGGUACUGUUAGACAAACACGAAGUUUUUGGCGAGGUCAUCUCAGUUUGACAGAUGCUGGUGGUAACGAACAUUUACGUGUGAUUGGUCCAUGUUGUAUAUGUCAAGGAGUUUUUUGCUGCUGCUGUGAGAACAAAUUUACUAUAUAUGGUGCCGAGAAUAAUGGUGAUGGAGAGUUGGGUGCUAUUUACAAAGAAUAUGCCGGUUUUGUCAAUCAAGCAUUUACGGGUGCUGAAAAAUAUACUAUAAAGUUUCCAGCGAGUUUACCUAUUCAAAUGAAGGCUGUAGCUUUGGGUGCUCUUUUUCUCGUCAAUUUUAUGUAUUUUGCGGGAAAUGCUGAACAAAAGGGUGGCUCAAGUCUUCUGUCACUACUUGGCUGA